GGAUAAGUGCAGCACGGAAUGACGUUUGUUAGAUACUAUGAAAUAUCUACUUGUAUUAUGUGUGGCAUUUCACACGGUGACUACGUCAGCUGUAGCGACAACAAACAACCGCAUUCUACUGAGCACUGUGUUAGUUGGAACUGCUUUGGCAGCAUCUCUUUGUGAUGAGUAUAUCUUUAGUCUCACAGAGAAGGCCCUCUUGACUACCACAAUCCUGAUUUUGAUUUUUCCUAGACAGCAGCAUAGCCAGAUUGUUUCAAAUCUUCCAAAAGAAACAUGUACAGUCCCAGGAUACACAGACCAUCCGCUGUUUGGAUGCUUUCGUUUCGUGACAGAUGCUACCCCUGUGUCCCAUUCUGAUGCCACACAACAGUGUGCAAAGGAUGGUGGUCGACUGUUGUUGGUUAAUUCGGCUGAAGAGGAGGCUGAACUAGUGAAACUACUUCAGACACCAAAGAGGGUAGCGUUCAUACAAGGCACAAGAAGUGUAGGUUCCUCUAUAUGGUUGGCUGACGAUGGCACUUCUCUUCCUUAUCUGCCCUCGGUAGUCGCCAAUCAAGCCAUUCCUACAGCAACAGUCUUGACUCUGGGCAAGUUCUUUACUGCAGUGGACCCAACAGACCUUCAAGGAAAUUAUUUUUGUGAAAUCUAAAAGUUGAUGUAGAAAGAGGUGAAAUAAAAUACGGAAACGGUAUUUCAAGCUUUAGUUUGAUUACAAUGAAUUCAUUUUCAUUCAUUAUUGAAAAAAGGAUUCGAGUAAAAGUGAAAUGUAAACAGACAUUUUAAACACGUCCUGCACAAAACAAGGGGGAAAAAGGUCCAACGAUUUCAUUUUGUAAAUUACAAUUUUCGUCAAUAUGAAAAUAAAAUAGUUAUAAACUCUA